AGGAAAUCUCUCCGGACUUCCCGCUCAUGAGGACCCCGGUAACCGCAGAGGACGCACGGAGCAGGACCGAAAGGCAGCACCGCCGGGGCUCAGGAGUCAGGUGCGGCUGGAUGGGAGUCUGACUAGGCAUUUUCUCCCCGGUGACAGAGAGACAAUCUCAGCGGCGCAUCUUCUCAGAUCCUCCUCCCCUCUCUCCUCCUCCUCCUCCUCCUCCUCUCCUCCUCUGCUGCCCUCCACGGCUGCAGCCCACCGACCAUGGCCCUGGUGACUCUGCAGCGCUCUCCCACCCCGAGCGCAGCAUCCUCGGCCAGCACGACCAACAGCAGUGCGGGGGAGGAUUUUGGAAGCGACGAUGACCGGAAAAAUAACCAGAGCCUCAGUGAGAGUUUCUUCAUGGUCAAAGGAGCCGCCCUCUUCCUCCAGCAGGGCGGCAGCGCACAAGGACCAAAGACCCCGACCCACCAUAAACAUGCAGGUGAUUUACCUCAACACCUGCAGGUCAUGUUUAAGAUCCUCCGGUCUGAAGAUCGCAUUAAACUGGCUGUACGGUUAGAAAGUGGAUGGUCGGACCGGGUGCGCUACAUGGUUGUCAUCUACACCAGCGGCCAUCAGGAUACAGAGGAAAAUAUCGUCCUGGGAAUGGACUUUACAGACAAGGACAGUAAAAAUUGCUCUAUUGGGAUGGUGCUGCCACUGUGGAGUGACACCAACAUUCAUUUAGACGGAGAUGGAGGCUUCAGCGUGAACACAGCUGGGCGGUCACAUGUCUUCAAGCCUGUAUCUGUGCAGGCCAUGUGGUCUGCCCUGCAGGUUCUCCACAAAGCAUGCGAGGUGUCACGCCGGUUCAACUACUUCCCAGGGGGGAUUGCUCUCACAUGGAUGGCCUUCUAUGAGAGCUGCAUCACCUCAGAGCAAAGCUGCAUCAAUGAGUGGAACGCUAUGACCGACCUGGAGACCACCCGGCCCGAUUCACCCACCAUGUUUGUCGACCGGCCAACUGAGCGAGAGAGGACAGAGUGUCUCAUUAAAGCCAAGCUACGCAACAUCAUGAUGUUUCAAGACCUGGAGAACAUCACGUCGAAGGAGAUCCGUAACGAGCUGGAGCAGCAUAUGAGCUGUAACCUCAAAGAGUACAAGGAGUUCAUAGACAACGAGAUGCUUUUGAUCCUGGGACAGAUGGACAAGGCCACGCUUAUCUUUGACCAUGUGUACUUGGGCUCUGAGUGGAACGCGUCCAACCUGGAAGAACUACGUGAAUGCGGAGUGGGUUACAUCCUGAAUGUUACCAGAGAGAUUGACAACUUCUUCCCAGGGAUGUUCUCUUAUCACAAUGUCCGCGUGUACGACGAGGAUGCCACCGACCUGCUGGCCCACUGGAACGAAACCUACAACUUUAUUAUCAAAGCCAAGAAGAACAAUUCCAAGUGCCUGGUGCACUGUAAGAUGGGGGUGAGCCGGUCUGCCUCGACAGUUAUUGCCUAUGCAAUGAAAGAAUACAGCUGGUCUCUGGAGAAAGCCUACAACUUUGUCAAGCAGAAACGGGGUAUAGCUCAACCAAACGCUGGUUUCAUGAGACAGCUGGCAGAGUAUGAGGGAAUCCUGGACGCCAGCAAACAGCGUCACAACAAGCUAUGGAGGCCUGAAACGGAUGAAGAGGGAUCAGAUGAUUUGCAAGCCUCUGGCCACUGUACUGGUGGGGAGGAGACACCAGUGCUCAGAGAGGAAGAAGCCUGGGGAGGCUGUGGGGCAUCCCCCUGCAGGGGUAUGGGUCUGGAGAUGGAGCCUCUUGACUCACUUAACUAUAAUUACUACUUCAGGCGUUUGUCAGACUCUGCACUAGACAGUGAGCCUUCCACGCCAGUGCGGGGCCCCCCUCUGCUGGGUAUGGAAAGAGUUUUCAUUGAGAUUGAAGACGUGGAGAGAGAUGCCCUGUUGGAGGACGAGGGUUUCCCCAUGGCCCAUUUAGCCCUGCCUGGCGAGGGCACGGCAGCUCAGACGUGCGGGCGCCUCGACCCCCUGGAGGACAUGAGACUGAGACUUGAGUUCAGUACUUUGGAGGAAGAGGACGAGGAAGAGGCAAAGAAAGAGGAAGCUGAGAUGGCGGCCUUGGCUCAAACACCUGGAUACUCGGAUGGGAAGAGGGCAGGGGAGGAUGCUGAGAGGACGGAGGAAAGCCGAUUAGGCCUAGCCAACCUGAACACUAACAACAGCAACCGCCUCGCUGCAAAGCGCAGCUGCCCCGCAGCUUUUGACGACAGUGCUAGCACUGGAAACCCUUUAAAAGUGAAACCCUCCUAUCAGUCCUGUAAAGACUGCCUGCGUCUGCCACAAGGGCGGCGCUGUGACCGUCCAACAGGAGGUCGUUCCCACCGCCUUAAUCCCAACCGCCACUGCACUGUCCCUUCCAUAUGCAUAGAUCCGCCCGGGACAAAUUUUGCUUCCACCCCAAUUCUGCAGUCUCUGCCAGCCACUGCAGUUGUCCCACCUAACUUGGUCCAGCCCUGUACUCACCCCUACCGCUGUGCCACCUGCGCCCCAGGUGUCCCACUAGCCAACCACCAGAAACUGGUCUCACCCAUGAGCUGCGAGGAGACGCCUCCUGACCGCAGCUCAGUCGAGACGGAGGACAUGGACGAACCACAGGGGGACAACGUGGAAGUACAAAUAUCAAGGGAGGGUACAGUGGCCAUCAACACGACUACUGCUGAAGGUUUAAAAUUACAACCCGGUGGUGCAGCGGAGCUCCAGCAGCAGGCUCUGGCCCAGCUGCAAAUGCCAGGACUGGGGAUAGAGUUUGGUCUGGAACUGAUGCGACAGAGGGCGGAGCGGCUUGAAAAGGUGCCAGGCCUGGCCAUGGAGGGCCAGCUUCCAGUGGGGCCCCUGCCUUAAGGGACGACCAGGAGAAAGAGGAGGCUUACCCUUUCCUCCACCAGGUACGCUAUGAUGGCUCUGGGCCUGUAGAUGAUAGCUGCUGUGGUGUUGUACCAGAAACAAAGCUCUGCUCUGACCUGUACUGUCAUGUCCUGGCCUCAAGCUCCACUGUAACAAGCUGCAACAGCCCUCUGUAUAUUUACAGAGCGUCCUGACAUUGUCUGCUGGCAUGGAGAUCCAGAUGAGGCUGGUUGUUUUCACCAUAUGCUAAAGGCUUGAAUGCUUCUGGCUAAAUUGGGACUGAAGACUGUCUUGUAUCCGUCACUUGUCCCUCAGGCCUGAUCGAGGCCUGUCUGGUCUCCUCUGAACAUGCCUGCCCCACCACACAUACAGGAUCAUCAAACUUCCCGACAGCCCAGUGGAGAUGAGCGUUACGCUGCCAUUUUACCCUCAACAGACAGGUUUGGUGUAUUCCCAAAACAAGAGACAGUGGAGGUUUAUAAGAUCUAGUUGCUGUCCCGUUCUGACUCCUGACAGCGCUAUAGUUAACACUUUGAUGUUGAUGGGAAGAAAAAUACCUGGAGUAACAUGCUUCUGUUGGUGUACUGUAUGUUUUUCAAUCCAACUCAUCAACAGUAUCAAACGUAGCUCAAUGAAUGUUUGCCAUUGAGCCUGUUUGAUUGCAUUCAGUAUCUCCUCAUGUUACCGCUGAUAACUGAAUCCUCGUUUAACUUCACUUAUAUUUUCCCUGCUGCAGCUGCUUUUGCAUCACAAGAAGGCAUUUCAUGUGAAAGCAUAAUCAUUUUUAAAAAAGGAUGUGAGCAUACGUGAGCCUUUUUAUGCCUCUUUGAAAGGCGUCGUACCUCGGACCACUAGCAUCUCUGACUGUUUUGGUCAAAGACUGUUUUGUCUCUGCUCAGUGGCUGGUUCACCCUGACCCCCUCCAUUUAGGUUAAUGCAAUCAUGUCCUUAAAGUGCUCAGUUUAGGCACACAUGACUUUGCAGUAUUACAAAACACAUCCUCAACAUGCUUAGGCAGAAAAAAUAUUAAAGUCGUCUUUAAUUUCCCUGAGUUUUUGAAAUGCUGAAAAACUUUAUGGAUUAAAAUUUGUCAUUACUCAGUUUAAGUGACAACAAAUGGCUUCAGUAAAAUGAAUGGAAUUGAGCCCAACUCAUUUUCUUAGGCUUGGAAGAAUGACCGAAGAAACGCUUUUCUUUUGUUGGAAGACAUCACAACCUUCAGGCAUCAAGAAGCAUUCAUAAGCUUAAAUAUCACUCUUAGUCAGAUCAUUUCUGAUGUAACCAAAGCCAUAUCAUGUUACCAGGUCCAGUUUAUCGCCUUCAUGAUUAUAGUUAGCAGAGAAGCUCAGCGCAGUUUCCUUUGAGCAGUGUAACAUACUUUUCUUACCUUCUUACAUAGUAUGAGUCUGGGUAGUCAUUUAUCUAAGAGGCUCCAAUGGUUAACAAGGCUCACCCAGUUAACGUUUUGGUAAUAUGUUGAAAACCCUUAGACUACCUUUCCCUAGACCCACAGAUAUUUGCAAAGGCACAUCAGUCAUGUAUAGAUUUAGCACUUGAGCACAACUCUAGUAUCCAUUCACACAGUGCACAGAACUAUUUCAGAUCUAUAGCUACAUGUAACCAGAAUUCAUUUAAGAACACUAAAGCAGAAAUAGAGACAUCAGAAAUGAAAAAUCUGCAAUAUGCUUCAAAGAAGUAGCUACAUUCUUUGCUUGAAGUAUGGAGUCCAUCGCUGUAAGAAUAAUUGAUUUGAUCUAGUAAUCAUCAGACAGUUAUAGUCAACAGCAGGUGCUUUGUUAAAAAUUUACUGUUUUUGUAAAAUAAAAUUAAAUGCCAGUUGUUGUUAUUCUGAAUUUCGAAUUACAAAAUUAAAUACUUCCAUUUACAGUGUGAAAAUUAGAAAAAGUAUUAAUGAAUUAAUUGACAAGACUAGAUUUUCUUUAUGUUAAAUACAGAACAAGUAACCUACCAAGAAAACUGAACCUGCUUGAACUCUUCUGCCCCUACAGUCAGUUAAUUCGUCUUUAACUUUUUUUUUU